UGCCUGUCACGGGACAUGAGUGAGACAAGGUGGGUGAAGUAAAAUCGUUUAUUGGACCAACUUUUGUUGGAGAGAGACCAGCACUGGGACCGCACAGAGCUCUUCUCCUACCCCUUAUUAUCAGUACUAUUAGGGAGCCGACACACACCCCGCGGCCACCACCCGCCGCCUCCCUCAGCCGCCAAGGCCAAGACGAAAGGGCGGAAGAGUCGGAGGCGCCCGCUGUGUAGAAACACGGCUUGGGACACGUGACCAGAAUUCGAACGACAGGCGCGAGAGCAACCCCACCCGCUCCAGCCCCCGACCGGCGCAGGCCGUUAGUGGGACGAAUCAAGAGAAGCCCAGAGUAUUGGCUGUCGGAGGCACGCGACCGGCAUUCCAACCGCCGGGCGCGAGUCACUCUCCAGAAUCUCCGCCCCCUUCUUUACCGCGUUUGCGCCGCUUCUCCGGCCUGUGCGUUGCCCGCCAGUCGGGCUCCGGCGAGGUGUGAAAAAAUGGCAAAGAGAAUUGCAGAGAAGGAGUUGACUGACAGAAAUUGGGAUCAGGAGGAUGAAACUGAGGAGGUGGGAACUUUCUCAGUGGCUAGUGAAGAAGUCCUGAAGAACAGAGCUAUUAAGAAAGCAAAGCGCCGAAAUGUUGGGUUUGAGUCUGACAAUGGAGGAGCUUUUAAAGGGUUUAAAGGUUUUGUUUUACCUUCUGGAAAAGGAGGUGGUGGCUUCACUGGAUUUGGUAAUGGUACAGAAAUGAAGCCUUUAGGAGGGCUGUCAAAUGGAAGCAGUGGUAUUUCUAAUACUCCCUCUUUCACUAGUGUAAAGACUGCUCCUGAAGCACAGCCUGCAUUUGGAUCCGUGACAUCAAAUGGUCCCACCACCACAUUGGUUGAGAAAAAGGCUUCAGGCACAAAAGCUAAUGGUGGCAGUCAACAAUCCUCAUCCUCUGGUUAUAGUCAAAGUAAAAUGUGCAGCUCUAGUGUUUAUCACAAACAGUUAGCAGCUCUAAACUGUUCUGUGCGUGACUGGAUAGUAAAGCAUGUAAACGCAAAUCCCCUCUGUGAUCUGACACCCAUAUUUAGAGACUAUGAGAAAUAUUUAGCAAGCAUUGAACAACAUCAUGGAAGCAGUAGUGAUAGUGGCUCUGAAAAUGAAAGUAACAAAACAACUGGAACUCAGUCUGUUCCUACAUUUGGGACUUCGAAACUUCAGCAAGGAUCAAUGUUUUUGUUUAACAGCAACAAAACUGAGGAUGAAUCAGACAAGAAAACUGAAUCUACAUCAGAAAAGAACAGGGAAUCACCAUUAGGAGCUGCAUCAAAUGUCUCAUUUAAUUUCGGCAAGAAUGUUGAUAGUUCUGUUUUGGGUUCCCUUGGUUCUGGCACAUUAACUAAUUUUUCAUUGUCCCCUGGGAAUUCGGGUGUAUUUGGAAAAGAUGCAAACCAGGGAAAGUCUGUCUCCACGCUUUCCACCAGGGUACUGGAAGCUCAGACAGAAAGUGGAAGUAGUGAGGAUAAAGGAGGAGAAGAGGAGGAGGAGGAGCCCCCCAAAGCAAUUGUUAAUGAGGUAAAGGAAGAUGAUGCCUUCUACUCAAAGAAGUGCAAACUGUUCUACAAAAAAGAUAAUGAAUUUAAAGAAAAGGGUGUAGGAACACUGCAUUUAAAACCUGCAGGAAAUGAAAAAACUCAACUGUUGGUGCGAGCAGACACCAAUUUAGGUAACAUACUAUUGAAUGUGUUAGUUCCGCCCAAAAUGCCAUGCACAAGAACAGGAAAAAACAACGUUCUUAUUGUCUGUGUUCCCAAUCCACCAAUUGAUGAGAAGAAUUCCACUAUCCCGGUCACUAUGUUAAUAAGAGUGAAAACAAGUGAGGAUGCAGAUGAAUUGCACAAAAUUUUACUGGAGAAAAAGGAGGCCUAAGCAUAUUGCAGUCAAAUGCCCUGAGAAAUUACUGCUAAACUGCUGCUACUCAUUUUUUCUUUAACUUCUUAGAACUCUUCUUAACGCUCUACUCUGACAUUCUAAGAACUGUUACAGGAAUUCUGAAAAGUUUGUGAGGAAAAGCUAAAAUGGCUAAUAAAAGCUUUAACUGAACCCAAGUGUCCAUCUGUCCUCCCUCCUUUUUUGGAAUAUCUAGUGUAUGAACCAUAUUUGGAUAAAAUUUGCACAUUUAAAUUAAAGUGAUUGCUGAAUGGACUGAAAUCAAAGUACAAAUUAUUGUACCACAUGUUCUUCACAGGCUUUAAGGGGAAGUGCAGCAACCUCCCUUUUUGAGAAGGGAGGAGGCUAAAUUGUUUCUAGGCUGAAUAGCUUUUUUUUUUUUUUUUUUUUUUUAAAUACAAAAUCAGUGUCUGCUAGCUUCGGGUAAGGGAUCUAAUCUUUCGAACUGUCACCUGCAUAAUUAUGUAUCUGAAUAACAAUGCCUCUGUAGAUUGUUUUUAAAUUUGUAAGAAAUUUGAUGUACUGUUGGGAUUCAGAGACUGCAUCUGUGGUUCCUCAAAAUGAUUUGCUUGCAUUAUUCCUGUUGACUUUAAUGUUGCUCUGCUGCAAACAAUUCAGUUUUGUUGUGCUUACUAUUGCAGCGAGUUAAUGGUGUGCAAUAGUAUCCACAGACAACUGGAAGACUAUUAGCUAUCAACCCACAACCAGACUGGCCCUAUAAUCGGUAUGCUUGUUGACAGAGCUAGAGGCCAAGGGAGGAGACUUCAAUACUAUCUCUCUCGUAGAAGUAUUCGUCCCUACUCCCUCCAGGUUAUGGUUGAGAGACAACAGCAGAAGUAAUUUGGUGGGGGAAAUUGGGCAAGGCAAAUACAUGCCCUGUCUGUUAAAAUUUACUAAGCGUGUCUCAUGAGCAUCAAAGUAAGUUUAAAAAAAAUAAAAAUUGUGUUGUAAAUUUCUCCUGACAUGGCCAAGAGUCUGUGUGUAAACUUGGUACUAUACUAUUAAAUAUUUGUCUUUGUGAUGUGAUAAAGCAACAGAAUAGUACUUGCUGGCAUCAAAUAUGGCAAUAGUGUUGGCUGCAGUGUUCUAUCUUUUGGACUACUGAAACAUCUUGAAGUGAGCUGUAGCUCACAAAAGCUUAUGCUCAAAUAAAUUUGUUAGUCUCUAAGGUGCCACAAGUCCUCCUUUUCAUCUUAAAGUGUGAGUAAGUAUUUAGUGUUAACCUGGAAGGAAGCUCGGAUGCUGUGUAGACAUACCCAUUUUAAAUGUAAAUUGGUGCCUUUUUUGCAUUUGGUUUUGUAGUUAGUCACUAAAGUUUGUGUGUGCGCGCGUGCGUGGGGUUAGUUUCCUCAAUUUUUUCUAACUUCAUGCUGGUACAUAGCUCGGAGGUCAGAACUUAAAUGUUUGCAUGUUAAUUCUGUGAAUGAAAAUCAUAAUGUGUACAAGUUUUACAGGCUCAGGUUAAAGGGCUAAGGGCUGAAAUUUUGCAUUUGUUUUUAGAAGACAGUGUCUUAAAUUUUCAGUGAAGAAAUUGUUUUGUAGGUUGCCAGUCACUGCACAUGGAGGGGAGUAACCUUUUGUGAUGAGCAGAUCACUCAUUAAGCACCUCACACUUUAAGAGCAAUUGUGUAUUAGACUGUUAGAGGUACUGUGCUUGGUACUGGUUUACUUCCUCAUGUGCAAAGAUGUAUAGUAAUGUGCUUUCCAUCAAUUGCAAUAUGGACCAAUAAACAAGAUAGACAGAAAUUCAUUAGGAGAGGCAAAUGUAACUAACUUUCCACAUGCCCCUUGCACAGCCAUCCUGAAUGAUAUUUGCCUCUGAAAUGAGUGAAAUCUGGGACUUUUGUACAUGCAUGUUUUGGUUUGCUCUUGAAGCUGGGUAGGCAAAGUAGAAGAGGCUAAUGAAUGAUCCUGCUGUAUCUGUGAUUCCAAGAGUUGUUUAAAACAUUAUUUAAAUUGUGAUUGUAUGUUUGAGGGUGGUGUUGAGGACAGGAAAGAGGAUGGGACAGAUGCUACUUAAUGAAAAUCUAAUAUGCUGGAAACUUUGUACCCCACAAUGCUCAAGCUGGCAAAUACACAAAUUUUCUAUCAUAGUUUGGGAAACAAUGAGUAAAGGAAGUGGCACACCUUAUUCUUUAGCUGAGCAUGUAUUGGUAUCAGUAAAUGGUGUGGAAACACACAUGGGAGAGGUGGAAAUAGGUAAGUGUAUACUCACAUCUUUACAUUAGGUUACCCUGUAAAGUCUCCCUUAAAAGGAAAAGUAUAUGUAUGAAAUGUCUUAAGUCUAAUAAUAUUAAAAACAGUAUUUUUCAUUUAAGCUCGUAAUCCUACAGUUUUUAUUACAACAGAUCUUUGCUGUUAACACUCUAAAAGAAAAUUAAACAGGGAAAAGUGAUAGAGAUAUGACCUGUGUAAAACUGAUCUAUGUAUCUUAUAUUGACUUCAGUUAUUUGACUUGUGAGAUGGGGAGAACUUCAAUAUAUACUUUUUUACGUGUAGUGUUCAAUUGUACAGCACAGAUUAUUUUGCUCCGAGUUAUAAAAACAAAUGUUGUGGCACAAUGGUUUGAUUUAUUUGUAGUUCAUAGGGCACUUUUGGAAGGAGAAACCUAAAAAGUAGAUUCUGGGAUUAGUCUACAGAUUUUAAUACAAAACCUGGGGAUUUUGUUUGUCUGCAUGAAAAUUUAACUAGAAAUUAAGCUCCAAAAACUAAAAGCAAAUGUAAAAGUAGUUGUUAGGAAAUUACCAUUAAUCAUAUAGUUUGUAUCAGAGUGUCUGUCUUAUUUAGAAUUCUGAUUCAAUAAAUAAUUUUUGUAUCUUGCCUUGUAGAUAGAGCAUUGCUGUCUUCUUUCAAGAAGUAUGGGGAAUAAACAGGAAGAACUAGAAAUACUAGUGAAUAAUCACAACUAUGACUUAGUUGGCAUCACAGACUUGGUGGAAUAAUACACGACUGGAAUAUUAGUAUAAAAGGGUACAGCUUGCUCAGGAAGGACAAGUAGGGGGAAAAGGGAGGAGGUUGUUGCCUUGUAUAUCAAAGAUGUAUACAUUUGGACUGAGGUCGAGAUGGAAAUAGAAGACAGACUUGUUGAAAAUGUCUGGGUAAGGAUAAAAGGGGUUUUAAAAAAAACAAGAGUGAUGUCAUGAUAGGGGUCUACUAUAGACUUCCUAACCAGGAAGAAGAGGUGGAUAAGGCUUUUUUAAAAAAAUAUAUAUAUAUAUAAUAUACAUACAUUCCAAAGCACAGGACUUGGUGGUGAUUGUGGACUUCCCCAGUGUCUGUUGGGAAAAUAAUACAGCUGGGCACAGAUUAUCCAACAAAUUGUUGGAAUGCACUGGAAACACACUUUUUAUUUCAGAAGGUGGAGAAAGCAAUGAGGGAGACUUCUAGAUUUGAUUUUUGACAAAUAAGGAGGAACCGGUUGAGAACUUCAAAGUGGAAGGCAGCUUGUGUCAAAGUGAUCAUUAGAAUCAAGAACUCUAUCAUUUCAUGAACAGUAGGAGGGAAAACAGCAAAAUAAAGAUAAUGGAUUUCAAGAAGGCAAACUCAGGGAAUUUGUAAGUAAGGUGCCAUGGGAAAUAAGUCUAAGAGGAAAAAUAGUUCGAGAGUUCUCUCUGAAAAACUGCCAUUAUUAAGGGCACAAGUACAUAUUAUCCCACUGCAUAGGAAAGAUAGGAAGUAUGGCAAGAGACCACCCUGGCUUAACCAGGAGAUCAAUGAUCUGAAACGCUAGUGUGUCAUACAAAAAGUGGAAACUGAGUCAAGUUACAAAGGAUAACCAUAAGAAAACCCAAAAGCCAUGUAGAGACAAAAUUAGAAAACCCAAGGCACAAAAUGAGAUUAAACUAGCUAAAGACAUAAAGGGUAACAAGAAAACAUUCUACAAAAUGUUAGAAGCAAGAUGAAGACCAAGGACAGAGUAGGCCUGUUUCUCAAUGAGAGGGGAAAGACAACAGAAAAUGUGGUAAGAGAAGUGUUAAAUGCCUUUGUUUUCACCAAAAAGGUUAGCUGCAAUCUGACACCUAACAUGGCAAAUGCCAGUGAAAAUGAGGUAGGAUCUGAGGCUAAAACAGAAGGAAGAGGUCAGAUGUCUUCAAGUCAGCAGGGCCUGAUGAAAUGUAUUCUAGAAUACUCAAGGAGCAGACUGAGAAGAUCUCAGCCAUUAGUAAUUAUCUUCAAAAUCUCAUGGAAGAUGGGAGAGAUUCCAGAAGACUGGAAGAGGGCAAAUAUAGUGCCCAUCUAUAAAAAGGGGGAUAAGGACAACCUGGGGAGUUACAGACCAGUCAGCUUCACUUCAGUACACAGAAAGAUAAGGGAGCAAAUCAGUUUGCAACCACCUCUGAGAUAAGGUCAUAAGUAACAGUCAACAUGAAUUUAUCAAGAACAAAUCAUGUCAAACCUAACUGCUUUGACAGGGUAACAAGCCUUGUGGAUAUGGGAGAAGCAGUAGAUGUGGUAUAUCUUGACUUUAGUAAGGCUUCUGAUAGUCUUGCAUGACCUCAUACACAAACUAGGGAAAUAUAGCCUACAUGGAGCUACUAUAAGGUGGGUGCAUAUCUGGAUGGAAAACUGUUCCAGAGAGUAGUUAUCAGGGGUUCACAUUAAAGCUGGAAGGGCAUAACGAGUGGGGCUCUGCAGUCCUGGGUCAGAUUCUGUUCAAUAUCUUCACAUGAUUUAGAUAAUGGCAUAGAGAGAGUGCUUAUAAAGUUUGUGGACAAUACCAAGCUGAGAGGGGUUGCAAGUGUUUUGGAGGAUAGAAUUAAAAUUCAAAAUGAUCUGGACAAACUGGAGAAAUUGAAGUAAAAAGGAUAAAAUUCAAGAACAACAAAUGCAAAGUAUUCUACUUAGGAAGGAACAAUCAGUUACACACGUACAAAAUGGGAAAUGACUAGGAAGGAGUAUUGCAGGAAGGGAUCUGGGGUUUAUAGUAGAUCACAAGCUGAAUGAGUCAGAGUAACAUUGUUGCCAAAAAAAAGAAGUGAACAUUCUGCCAUCUAUCAGCACCAGAGUUGUAAGCGAGAGACACGAAUUCUUCCACUCUACUGUCCGCUGAUAAGGGCUCAACUGGACUAUUUUGGCCAGUUCUGGGUGCCACAUUUUCAGGAAAGAUGUGAACAAUUGGAGAAAGUCCACUGCAAAGCACAAAAAUUAUUAAAGGACUAGAAAACAUGACCUACAAGGAAAGAUAGAAAAAAUGGGUUUGUGGAGAAAAGGAGACUGAGUAAAGACGUAAGUUUUCAAAUGCAUAAAACAUGGUUACAACGAGAAAGGUGAAAAAAUUGUUUAUUAACCUCUAAGGCUGGGAUAAGAGGCAACGGGCAUACAUUGGAACAAGGGAGAUUUAGGUUAGACCAUAGGAAAAGCUUUCUAACUGUUGGGUAGUUAAGCACUGGAGCAAAUUGCUUUGGGAGGUUCUUCCAUCUCGGUCAUUGGAGGUUUUGAAGAACAGGUUAGACAGACCCGUGUCAGGAAUGGACUAGUUAUUACUUACUACUGCUGUGAGCAAAGGGAACUGGGCUAGAUGACCUAUUCAGGUUCCUUCUAGUCAUACACUACUUCGAUUCAAUGUUGUGACAUUAAGUACCAGCUAUCACACAUUUGUGCAAGAGAAUUCUUCCCAAUCUGAGUUACAAAUGAUUGGUUUCAUUGUUACAGCUGUAGACUUUUUUUUUUUUUCCCCCUCCAGAUCUUUACAGGUUUGAGUUGUUGCUCUAAUUUUGGAGCUCUGGCUUUCUGGAUAUACUUUUUUCCCAAAAGAACAAGAUUAAAACCACUGCUUGUUUUCACAAAACCCUUUGUUGUGAAUCCUGUAACUUCCUUUUGCAAUCUUUUGUUCUGUAUGUGUAACUUCUCUGUUUUGAAGCAAAAAAGUGGGUCAAGUGGCUGCUUUUGCCCCAUACUCCCCUCUGGUUGAUGGCAAUCUAGCAAGAUUCUAGUUAAAUCUACAGUGAUGUAUGUAUCUUUAAAGUGAAUGUGUAAUUAAGCAUAAUAGGUAAUGAAUGUUAAGAAUGAUAUCUGAUUUAGUUCCUUUUGCAGCACCAUGACUUCUCAAAUGUCAAGACUUUUCUGAUGCCUUAAGUUAUUUAUUUGCAUUUGCUUAAUUUUGUGGCUGGUACAUGUGCAAGCAAAAACUUAAAUCGCGCAUUAAACAAAACUUCAGAUGGCAUGAAUUAGUAAUUAAAGGCUACUGAAUUGAGUAAUGUAAGAAUUCACUCUUUAUUAUUGUCAAAAUAGAUCUCAAAAAGCUCAACUUUUUCCAUAGGAACUGAUCUUUUAUUGAAUAAUAGAUUUGUCAUGUAACUUUUUAUGUUUUAUUUCUAAUACAUUCUGAGAAAAUGUACAAAUUCCAUGGAAAAUGUGAAUAAACAAAUGGGAGAUGUAACAAUC